UAAGGCAGAAAAGUGAAUCUUAAACAUUGUAAUCUGAAUGUCAAUCUAUUAUUUUGCUAGCUACUAUAUCUAACGACAAACGAUAGUGAAAAUAAUUGAAAUGAAAGGGACAAGUAGUUUUAACCACUAAGUAUUUUUACAUGGAUAAUGUAUCAAUUAGAUAGAAGAAUUUCUCCAGCACAAUAAGAAAACGAAGGACUAAGGAUAUAUUGGUUGAGAAAGAAAUCUGCGGUUCGGAAAUGUCAGCGGAGCACGUGGUACUGAGUAAGUCCCAGUCCGUGACGUCACUGAAUGCAGACGGAGUCCCAAGAUGCACUACGCACCGUAAACGUCUGAAGUUCUUCUGUAGCAAGCACGAACUGCUGCUGUGUUCCGUGUGUGCCGUGAAGCGCCACCGGAGCUGCGAUGAUAUCCUUACCAUCGUGGAGGCGGCCGAGCAGAAAAAAGAAGAGGCCAAAAGGGUAAUCGACACGCAUGCGCAGAGAAUCGCGAUCGUUGAAAAUGCGAUAGUGGAAAGGAAGGCUGCGAAGAAGCUGCUGGAGACGAAUGUGCAGGAGAUACAAAAUGAGAUACAUGAAGUUACGGGGAAGGUUAUGGACUUGGUGAAACACGGAGAACGUGUUUUGAUGGAGAGCGUGCAUAAUAUGCAAGCUAGGGAGGCUGAUGCAUUGGAUUCUGAAAUCUCAAAAUUAGAGGGCACUUGUACAGAUGUGCGUAAAAAACAUGAGUCGGUAUCACAGUGUAUGAAGUAUUCUGAAAUUGAUCUUAUUUACUCAGUCAUAAAGGAGAAACAUCAAGAAAAUGACGAAAAGGAUGUAGAAACUAUGGUCAAGAAACUAUUCCGUGAGGUUGAUUUUAAAUUCAUCAUUUCUCCACAUGUUGCCUCAUUUCUACGUCAUUUUAAGAAUCUAGGGCAGGUCAUUCUGUCCGAUGAGAGCGGCACAGUCCGCGUGCCGCGCUCCACCAUGUCAACACCCGUCAACGACCCGCCACCUUUUGUGCCAAUCGCAGACUCUCGUGGAACCAGUGAAGCAGGUAGCACCACACAGCUGUAUCAGGGGGAUGACCCGCCGCCCUCUGCGCGUGAGAGAUGGCAGCGGGACCGCCAGAGACAAAUGCAAGCAAUGAUGCGAGAUCACAAUAACGGAGCUGAUUCCGUCUUCCAUUUCGACUUUCCGGCUCCUGGGAACCAAAAUCGUGACCGCCGAGUCUUGCCUAUGCGAGCGCUGCCGCGCCCUGAGACGCCAGAAGUGUACAGUCGCCCCCGAGUCGAAACCCAAAGACGAGAGUUUGUUCCCCGGCCAAUGUCUACGCCGCCUACCGAAAACCAGAACUAUUCACCAAGUCCGAAAUCUCGCGACGUUGAUAGGUUCAACGCAAUUGCUCCAUACCGGACUUUGAAACAACAGGAUGCGAAUGGAGACCGUCGCUCACCCGUUCCGACCCGCAGUCAACCUAGCCUUGUAGGGAACGCUAACCAAAAUAGGCCGGACACGCUAUACCACAGUAAUCCCGCCCACUCAUUCCAACAGCGUCGCAUGAUGCCAGAGGUUCAGUCCCCUCCAGCAGACCGGCCAAGGUCGCCUUGGUCGCCAUCAGCGCAGGCCCAGCCUGUGUAUGUCAAGGAGGCGGACACUAACUUCGGUCGGUCAUUCGCUGCAGUACAGAUCAAUGAAGUGCCAAAACCGCCCAGAGCGAACACCAACAGUCCACAGCGGUCCCCAAACACAUACCAAACCCAUUCUGAACACAGCCCGAGCUCAAAUGAUCGUAAUCCAGGUCCACCAUCUUACGAUCGCUACAGCAAUGACCACUUUAGAUACACUGACGGACAUGCGCUUGAAGAAUCUGGGACUUUCACGCCGUCCAUGCUGAAACCUCAGGGCGCUUCGGACGAGGAGAACACGGCACGUUGGGUACACACAAUUUCAUUCUCGUCUCAUGGUAUCGGAUCUAAGCGGCUUUUGUCUGGCGCCGGCGUCCUGAAUGACGGGAGAGCUGUUCUUAUCGACCAAGAGCAUUAUACAGUGCAGUUGUACGACCGGAAUUUCCGCUUCAUCACCGAAAUGAAGCUAGAAUCUAGACCAUUUGACGUUAUCGUCCUGAGCGAUAACAAAAUAGUGGUGAGUCUUCAGAGUGAGCGAGUGUUGAAGUUUAUAUUGAUCACUGGCGACAGCAUGACGACAGUAGCGGAUCUAGGGGUACUAUGCGAUAUGGUCUGCUACGGCAUCGCGCGCGGCGGAGGCAACUACGCCGUUUGCUGCGGCGACGAGGUCUGGGUCCUCUCGGACGAGGGUCGGGCUGUCACGUGCCUGAAGAAAGACAAUGCUGGACAAGGUCUCUUCCUCCAGGCAGAGUACGUCGCCGUUGACCGCUCCGGCACCACCUUGUUCGUAUCCGACGCCGGUCAUCAGCGAAUUCUCGCCAUUCAAGUAGACGGCCGACGGUUGUGGGAGUUUUCGUACCAGGGAUUCAAACCCACGGGCCUUAAAAUUCUUGACCACAUUCUAUACGUCUGCGAUCGCGACCAGCACCGCGUGCUGACUCUCAAUAUGGAAGGUCAUGUUGUAAAACAGUCAGUGAUUGGUCGAUUGGAGAACCCGCGCGCUCUCUGCUUUAACUCGGCCGGAAACCAACUAUUGGUUACGCAAAUGCGCUAUGAUGCAGUAGUGGCGCCCCCUAAGCCUAUACAUGUAUAUUCCAGGCAGUAGAUGUAUAACAGUUCAUACGUCUAGCGAAAUACUUCAUAAGUUUGAAAAAAAAAAUGAAAUUGCUUGCUAUUCAUUGUUUGAUUGUGCAGUGUUGUGUGGUUAAGUGGUAAAUGGGGAUUUUCCGCAAAGUUGCCAAAACUAAUUUAAUGAAGCGUUUAAUUUGCACGUCUGAAGUGUUGUGUACAAAUAAAUGUGCACGCAAACUUGGUGUUUUGUGCAAUAUUUUCCAUGUUAGUAGAUGUUAGAUGUAUAUAAUAUAAAUAAGGUUUUAUUUUUGUAUUUAUCAUAUAACUUACACUAUGUUGAUCUCAAAGUUUGGAUGUAUUUGAAUUUGUUGUUUUCUUUGAAUUAGAACAAUUACAAACAUCAU